AAAGUAAAAAUACACAAAAAAAUAAAAUAAGAUUCACUGUACUAAAUACUAAUACAGGGAGUAUGAAAUGUCUGUGUGCUUUAGUUGCCCACCAUUGAAAUUUCAAUGAAACUAACUACAACAUUACAUGCAUAUUCUCUCUCUCAUCCAAAAUGAUUUUAUUUUGAAAACUAAACAACCAAUCUAAUCUUACUUGUCAAAAGUAUCUUACCAUUCUUUGUGCUGAGUCUUUCUUUAAGGAUGCUAUCUAAGAUCUUCUUAGCUUUCUCAAUCAUUUCAUUUACUUGUUUCAGUUAUGCAGAAUCUAAACUACCUCAGCAUGAAAUUGAUGCUCUUGAAGAAAUCACUAGAACAAUGGGUGCCACCUAUUGGAAGUUUGAUGGUGAUUCAUGUCAAAUUAAAAUGGUUGGUUUAACGCAAGAGCCACCUGAUGGAUCUCAAAGCAGCAUUGAAUGUGAUUGCUCUUCUCAAAAUGACACCUUUUGUCAUGUUGUAAGGAUUACAUUAAAGGGGUACAACCUUCCUGGCACGCUUCCGUCCCAAUUGAUUAAGCUUCCGUACCUCAGAGAAGUUGAUUUUGCUUUGAACUACCUAAAUGGUACGAUACCGAAGGAAUGGGCUUCAAUUAAACUAACUUCAAUCUCUCUACUUGUUAAUCGUUUAUCAGGGGAAAUUCCUAAAGAGUUGGGAAAUAUUACCACUCUAACAUACCUGAACCUUGAAGCAAACCAAUUUUUUGGUGUUGUUCCCUCUGAACUUGGAAGUCUAUUAAACCUGCAAACUUUGAUUUUAUCAUCGAAUAAUUUUUUUGGGAACUUACCAGAAACAUUUGCUCAGUUACAAAAUUUGACAGAUUUUAGGAUAAAUGAUAAUAGUUUCAAUGGAAAAAUACCUAACUUCAUACAGAAUUGGAAACAACUUCAGAGACUAGAAAUGCAUGCAAGUGGAUUGGAGGGACCUAUCCCAUCAAAUAUAUCUCUUUUGACUAAUUUAUCUCAAUUGAGGAUUAGUGACAUAACUGGUCCAAGUCAGGAUUUUCCUGUUUUGAGCAACAUGACAGGAAUGAUAAGAUUGAUUUUCAGGAAUUGCAAUAUUACUGGAGAGAUACCUAGCUAUUUCUGGACAAUGAAGAAAUUGGAAAUGUUGGAUCUCAGUUUCAAUAAUUUGUUUGGGCAAAUACCAAAUAUUGUUCAUGUGGGACAUCUGAGAUUUGUCUUCCUAACUAGCAACAAGCUUAGUGGUAAUGUACCUGACUCAAUCUUGAUGGAUGGAAGCAAUGUUGAUCUUUCUUACAACAACUUUACAUGGCAAGGACCUGGAAAAUCUGCUUGUGGAGAUUACCUGAAUUUAAACCUAAACUUGUUCCGGAGCUCCUUAGGGACCAAUGCAUUACAGGGGUUUCUUCCGUGUUCACAAACUUUGAACUGUCCUUCAUAUUCAAGUUGUUUGCAUGUUAAUUGUGGUGGAAAGGAUAUACAAGUGAAGGAAAAUGGUGAAAAUAUUCUCUAUAUUGGAGAUGGAGAUGUUGUAGGUGGUACUGCUAAAUAUUAUAAUGAUUAUGAAAAUCACUGGGGAUUUAGUAGCACUGGAGACUUCAUGGAUGAUGGUGAUUCCCAAAAUACACGUUACUCCAGGUCUUUGUCAUCUUUGAGUAUACCGGAACUAUAUACAACAGCUCGCGCCUCUCCAAUUUCACUUACUUAUUUUCACUAUUGCUUGGAAAAUGGGAAAUAUACUGUGCAUCUCCACUUUGCAGAAAUACAAUUUACAAAUGAUAAGACAUAUAGAAGUCUUGGGAAGCGCUUCUUUGACAUCUAUGUUCAGGGAAGAUUGGUUUGGAAGGAUUUUAGUAUUGAAGAUAAAUCGCACCUUGCUCAAAAACCACGUAUAUUAUCAGCAUAUAAUGUCACUGUAACAGACGGUAUUCUGGAGAUUCGAUUCUACUGGGCAGGCAAGGGGACUACAAGGAUUCCUGUUGAUGGAGUUUAUGGUCCCCUUAUAUCGGCUUUCUCUAUUGUUUCUGAGGAGCUCUCGUGUUUUUUUCUUCCAGACUCUAAAUCAUGUUCAAUCCAUAAUAGUGGAAGGCAUAAAAUGGUCAUUGGAGUAGGUUUUGGAGUUACAGCUCUGUGCCUAAUCCUUAUUAUGAUAGGAUUUUCUUGGAGGAAAGGCUAUAUCAAAGGAAUAAUGAGAAGAGAAGAAGUUUUCGAAGGGCGAGAUUUUCAGAUGAGGGCAUUUACGUUAAAACAAAUUAGAGCUGCCACAGAUGGUUUCAGUCCCACUAAUAAGGUUGGGGAAGGUGGUUUUGGUCCUGUCUACAAGGGUCAAUUAUCUGAUGGUACAUGGGUAGCUGUUAAACAACUCUCUUCAAAGUCACGGCAGGGAAACCGUGAAUUUUUAAACGAGAUAGGGAUGAUAUCUUGUUUGCAACAUCCUAAUCUUGUGAAACUUCAUGGAUGUUGCAUUGAAGGGGAUCAAUUAAUAUUGGUCUAUGAGUACAUGGAAAAUAAUAGCCUGGCCCAUGCCUUAUUCAGUUCAGAAAAUCAGCUUAAACUUGAAUGGCCAUCAAGGCUUAGGAUCUGCAUUGGCAUAGCAAAAGGUCUUGCAUUUCUUCACGAAGAAUCAAGACUCAAGGUUGUUCAUCGAGAUAUUAAAGCUACUAAUGUGUUACUGGAUGGGAAUUUAAACCCUAAAAUAUCUGAUUUUGGGUUGGCUAGGCUUGAUGAAGAGGAGAAGACCCAUGUCAUCACCCGAGUGGCGGGCACAAUAGGAUACAUGGCACCGGAAUAUGCUUUGUGGGGUUACUUGAGUUACAAGGCUGAUGUUUACAGUUAUGGAGUCGUGGUUUUGGAAACUGUUAGUGGAAAGAGUAAUAACAAUUACAUGCCAAGUGAGAAUUGUGUUUGUCUCUUAGACAAGGCAUUAUAUCUGGAACAGACUGAAAACCUUAUGCAACUGGUUGAUGAGAGGUUGGGAUCAGAGGUAAACCCAACUGAAACAAAAAAUAUCCUGAAAGUAGCUCUCUUGUGCAUUAAUCCCUCCCCAUCGCUUAGGCCUACGAUGUCUGAGGUUGUAAACAUGCUUGAAGGAAGAAUAAGCAUUCCAGAUGUUGUCCCAGAAAGUAAUGCUUUCAAUGAAGAUAUAAGGUUUAAAGCCAUGAGGGACAUCCAUCAAAACAAGGAAGGUCAUAGUUUGAGCACAAGCCGGACAGACGAUUCAACAGGACACCUUACACAUAGCACUCCCUCAGUAUUUGGCAAUGAUUUACAAGAGAUAACCUCCGAGUCAUAAUACAGCAUAGUGAGACUUAUUCUUUCAGUAAUCCAGUAUAUUUGGCAGAUUGCAGAUUUAGCUUCAUUUUUAUUACUUCAUUAGCAUUAGCAUGAUAUGAGUUCACAACAAGACUAGUAAUUAUUCUUGGAUGGUGAGUAGUAAAACUGUAAAAGGGUAAUUUUUUGUCUUGUUUUUGGGAGGGGCUUAGAGACUCCCUUUUACUGUAUAGUUUUGUAAAAACAACGUACAAAGGGCUCUCUUAAAAGUCCAGAGGAAUUGCAUAUGUAAAUUUUGGGUAAUAUCUGCAAUUGAAGAAACACACUGCUUAUUGUAACUAGUUCAAAUUACAAUAUGUAACAUCUAAUUUCUCCUCUUAUA